CUCCGCCGCAGUCGGAUCAGGACUCCGCGGACCCCCGGCAGCGCACGGAGGCUGGUGGACCUGGAGGCCGCGAGGGCGGGGGCCGCAGGGCCGGGUCACGUGUCUUCUGGGCCUGCGCGUCCGACGGCGGAGGCCUGGGAACUACGGGAGGAUGAUGAAGGUUGCCCCUUUGUGCUGAAGACAAAUGGGAGAGCGGUCACAGAAGUUGCCAAGUCCACAGAUCCUGGAUACUCAAGCGAGCCUGCUCAUGUGACACAGUAAAGGCACUCUUGGAGCCAGGAACCUGUUCAUGGUGUGAAAGACCUGGCCACGGCCUCAUAGUGGCCUCAUAGAGGCUCAGGGUGGGGCAGAUCUCAGAUGUGCUACUCAUCUUGCACAGGCAACAGAAAACGACCAUGUUACAGAUUUUAUUUAUUUAUUCAUGACCGAGAGAGGCAGAGACACAGGUAGAGGGAGAAGCAGGUUCCAUGCAGGGAACCCGACAUGGGACUCGAUCCUGGGUCUUCAGGAUCACCCCCCGGGCCAAAGACGGCACUAAACUGCUGGGCCACCGGGGCUGCCCUAAGUGUUCCUUCUUAACUAUGGCGGUUCGGUGUCAUUGGCUGUGGAAGCAUUGUCAUUUGAAGAUUUAUUUGUGGACUUCACGCAGAAGGAAUGGCAGCUCCUGGAUGGCAGACAGAAGGACUUGUACAAGGAUGUAAUGUUGGAGAACUAUAGCAGCCUCGUUUCACUGGGGUAUGAAGUUGUGAAACCUGAUGUCAUCUUCAGGUUGGAGCAAGGAGAAGAGCCGUGGAUAGGAGCUGGAGAACUCUCAAGUUUAGACUGUCCAGAACAAGUCUUGCAAGUAAAUGGUCACAUGACAUGGCACCAAGAUAACCAGGAGAAGCUUAGAAAUAUGAAACAAGAUGAUGAAUGUGAUGCAUUUGGAAAAAAAUUCAAUCUGAGCAUGAACUUGAUUCCUUUAAGGAAAUCAAACAGUGAAGAUGAUGUAGAUGGAUUACUUUUAAAACGUCACUUAGAUUUACUUAUUCCAAAAGCAGAUUAUGGAAAAACAGAACCAGAUGGCUUAAGUGUAUUUGAUAAAUUGUUUCUGCAUACCAAGCCUGAGGAAACUGAUACUUGGUUAAAAUAUUAUGAAUAUGAUAAAUAUAAAAUUAGCUCUAAGAAGUCACAGAUUAUCAUAUAUCACAGAACUCGUUUAGGGGAGAAACUCUACGAAUGCAGUGAAUGUAGGAAACGCUUCACUAAGAAAUCCAGUCUCAUUAAACAUCAGAGCAGACAUAUAAGAGAGAUUGCCUAUGGCUGUGGGAAGUGUGGCAAAACCUUUCCCCAGAAGUCACAGUUUAUUACACAUCACAGAACUCAUACAGGAGAGAAACCUUAUGAUUGUGGCCAGUGUGGGAAAGCCUUCUCCCAGAAGUCACAGCUCACAUCACAUCAGAGAACACACACAGGAGAGAAACCAUAUGAAUGUGGUGAAUGUGGGAAAGCCUUCUCCCGGAAGUCACAUCUUAUAUCACAUUGGAGGACACACACAGGUGAAAAACCCUAUGGGUGCAGUGAAUGUGGAAGGGCCUUUAGUGAGAAGUCAAAUCUUAUUAAUCAUCAGAGAAUUCAUACAGGAGAGAAACCUUUUGAAUGUAGAGAGUGUGGGAAAGCCUUCAGCAGGAAGUCGCAACUUGUUACUCACCAUAGGACUCAUACAGGGACAAAACCCUAUGGAUGUAGUGAUUGUAGAAAAGCCUUCUUUGAGAAAUCCGAGCUCAUUAGACAUCAGACCAUUCAUACUGGAGAGAAGCCUUAUGAAUGCAGUGAAUGUGGCAAAGCCUUCAGAGAGCGGUCGAGUCUCAUCAACCACCAGAGAACUCACACGGGAGAGAAGCCUCAUGUGUGCAUUCAGUGUGGGAAAGCCUUCUCCCAGAAGUCACAUCUCAUAUCCCAUCAGAUGACUCACACAGGAGAGAAACCCUUUGUAUGCAGUAAAUGUGGGAAAGCCUUUAGCAGGAAAUCUCAGCUUGUUAGACAUCAGAGGACUCACACAGGAGAAAAACCCUAUGAAUGCAGUGAGUGUGGGAAAGCUUUCAGUGAAAAAUUAAGCCUUACUAAUCAUCAGAGAAUUCAUACAGGAGAAAAGCCCUAUGUCUGCAGUGAAUGUGGGAAGGCGUUUUGUCAGAAGUCACAUCUCAUAUCACACCAGAGGACUCACACAGGAGAGAAACCCUAUGAAUGCACGGAGUGUGGGAAAGCCUUUGGUGAGAAGUCAAGUCUUGCAACUCACCAGAGAACUCAUACGGGAGAAAAACCAUACGGGUGCAGGGAUUGUGAAAAAGCCUUCUCCCAGAAGUCACAACUGAAUACUCACCAGAGAAUCCACACAGGAGAGAAACCCUAUGAAUGCAGUCUUUGUAGGAAAGCUUUCUUUGAGAAAUCAGAAUUAAUUAGACAUCAAAGAACUCACACAGGAGAAAAACCGUAUGAAUGCAGCGAGUGUGGGAAAGCUUUCAGGGAGAAGUCAAGCCUCAUCAAUCAUCAGAGAACACACACAGGAGAGAAACCCUUUGAAUGCAGCGCAUGUGGCAAAACCUUUUCUCGGAAAUCACACCUAAUACCACAUCAGAGGACACACACUGGAGAGAAGCCCUACGGCUGCAGCGAAUGUAGGAAAGCCUUCUCUCAGAAGUCACAGCUUGUUAAUCACCAGAGAAUUCACACAGGAGAGAAGCCUUACCAGUGCCAUGAAUGUGGGAAAGCCUUCUCCCAAAAGUCACAGCUCAUUAAUCACCAGAGAACUCAUACAGUGAAGAAUUCCUAGGAGUGGAGUUCAUACCAAGUCUUUGACAGAGAUCUCACCUCUUCGUACUUCAGAAAACGCAGUUAUGGUAAAUCUUUCAAAUAAAUAAUUGCAUCACAUUAUGUGUCUGUCUGGUAAUCAUUAGGAUAGGAACUCUGAGGUUAUGUAGGGAAAGCCUUCAGCAGAUUAACUUAUUCGUAUAAGAACCCUGAGAGUAGAAUGAGCCUGUGAGAUGCAGUGGAUUUCAGAAAACUGUCAGACAUACAGCAGGAAAUUAAUAGCAAUGAGGAAUACUGUGAAUGUCAGAAAGCUUUUCAAAGGUCACAUCUCCUUAGCAGUUGGAAAUAUCCCCACUGGGGUAAACACUAGUCCAGUAAGUGCAGAAAAACCCCAUGAAUGCAGCAAGUGAUGUAAUAUUUUUAUCAAGAAAUCACAGCUGUUGUGCAUUCAGAACAUACUCUCAGAAAUGAAGCUCAGUUAAAAUACUAAAUAUGGGACAAUCUUCAGCAGGUAAUCCAACCACAUUGUAUUUUGGGGAAAUUCAUGUUGUGGGCAAAACUACUAAUUUAAAGACCUUGGAAAUAUGCCCCUAGAAGUAAAGCUAUCAAGGGAACCUGUACUUUUUUAUUAAUAGACAUGGUUAUCAAAAAUUCCCAAUUCUGGGGCAGCCUGGGUGUCUCAGCAAUUUAGCACCGCCUUCGUCCCAGGGCCUGAUUCUGGGGACCCGGUAUUGAGUCCUACAUCGGGCUUCCAGCAUGGUGUCUGCUUCUCCCUCUGUGUCUCUGCCUCUCUCUGUGUUUCUCUCAUGAAUAAAUAAAUAAAAUCUUUAAAAAAAAUCCCAAUUCUGAUGGUUGAUAUGCUCACUCUGAAGAAUGAAGCUUUUAAAAUAUGUGAAUAGGGAUACCUGGGUGGCUCAGUGGUUGAGCGACUGUCUUCGGCUCAAGGCAUGAUCCCAGAGACCCAGGAUUGGGUCCCACAUCAGGCUCCCCUCAAGGAGCCUGGUUCUCCCUCUGCCUAUGUCUCUGCCUCUCUCUGUGUCUCAUGAAUAAAUAAAUAAAAUCUUUAGUAAGAAUAUGUGAAUAAAUUGACUCUUUGAAACAUCUAAAUAAGACAUUUCUCAGUGGUAUUAAUGACUUAUUUUCCUGUGUCUCACAGGGUGUCUCAUAUUUUGGAGUCAUAUGCUAAUGUGAUUGUGAGCAUGAAAUGCACAUUCCUGGUAGUGCCUCUGAUGUCAGGACACAUACGUGCUGCUGGUUUUUCUGUUUCAAUGAUACAGUGAAAAUGGUAGCUGAUAAUAAUACAUCUUACUGCUAAAUAUCCAGCUUAAGUGAUAGCACAUCUUUUUUCCUUAUGGCCUAUUGGCAUAUAAAAGGGAUCUGUUGUUGCUGCCCUUUCUCUUCAGUUACAAAAGCCAACAUUAUAUGAAGUGUGCAGUCUGAGAGUCUGAAACAAUUAUAUAAAAUCUUUUUAAUAAGUAUUAAAAGGUAGGAGCCACAGCCUAGCUAUAGUGACUCAUGAGUGAUCAAAAGAAAGCAGGUGUAUGAACUAUCACUCAACAUUUAGGCUAGAUGGCAGUAGUGCUGUGUAGUCUUACUCCCACUCAGCUUGGCACCUUCGUGCGUCAAGUAGACAUACUUCAAGUGCUGUGUCCCCAAGUAUAGCUUGUAUGUUACUUCCCUCUGAUGUAUCACAAUGCUGUGUGCCUAUAUGUUUUUUGUGUUUCUUAAAAUCUCUUGUAAAAAAGCUAGAUGGAAAAACCAAUUUAGGAGUUAGCAUUCAGAUAAUGUAAAAUACAGAUUUUUGUGGUGGAAAAUAUAUUUUUGGUGUGUUCAAAGAAGCCUGUCUUGCCUUCCUGCGACUUGCUGUAAUUACUGGAUAGGUAUUAGGAAAUAGGAUUUUCAUUGUUGCAUCAUUUGAAAUAUCUGUGUUCCACCUUGUGUCAUUAGUUGCAUCCUCUACAUGGAGACUCCCACUGUGAACCUUUCAUGAUAAGUAGGGUUCGCUUUGGCAGUGCAUGAACCACCCCUUAGGUAGAACUUUGCAGUGAUCUCUACAAUGUUGCCUGAUAAAGUCAACAGUGUUCUUUGUAUGAUGGUGAAAUUCAGAAAAGUCCAAUCCUGAUCUUGUUACCAGACUUGGAAAAAAUCAAAGACUUCUCUCUUGCUUUAUCAGUAUGGCGUAUUGCGCUUUUGAUUCUAGCAGUGUCUUUUUCCUUUAGUUACCAAUUUUAGCAUCAUUAUUGAAUAUUUGGGACGUAGUAGUUUUCUAAACCACUGCACUGGAUUAAAAGUAUCUAGGUCCCCAAAUUUGUAUUCAUACUCAAAUGUAAGGACUUCCUACUUUUCUCCCUAAACCUAAAGUAUUUUUAGCAAAUUCUUUUGUAAUAGAAUAGUUACAGGGUGAUGUCUUAACUUUGUAGAUUUUCCCAUUUUUAAAUUUUCAUUUAUCAUGAUUCUCUUUCCCCUUCCCAGAGUUUGAUUCAUUAGUUUUUGGAUUGAGCUUUGAGUCUAUUGUCUAAACAUGAUCUAAUUUUGCUCACCUCAAUUCUAGGUUAUUUCAUUUACUGUUAAGCAGUUAAACCCAGUAUUUGUCUCACUAAAGAUUAGAAUUUCAGCACUACCCCACUGGUUGAAUACCCAAGAGCAGGGUUUUUCCCCCCGCCAAAGAGCCAGUUAUCAGACGGGGAGGGCUGAUGUUGACAGUAGCCUUAUGCGGAGGCUCAGGCAUGUUGUGUAGAACUCGCACGAGAGGGCUUUGAUUCUGAAAUUCGGUAUUUUUAGUGUCUUUUAAAUUAUCUCGGUAAAUCACAAAAACCUGUGUCUCCUCAUUUUCCCUCAUUGGUUCCCACCACAAAUCCCACACCAAGAAGAAAACUGGUUUUAAGUUGAAGGAUAUAUGUGCAGCCUCCUGGAGCACUGGAGGUUGUGUUGAUUGGAUGUAUAAGUAGACCAGGUGGAAGGCAUGUCCCCUCUCUCCUCUCCACCUGGUUCCCCCACUGGCCUGGAAACAAUGCUGUAGAGGACACUUCCUAUUGUAUUCCUUUUACUAAGUAAAGUCUGAAUUUUGGGACCUGUCCCAGGAGUGCCUUCUGUUCAGUGUUUCUUUGUGGGAUUUGGUAAUCAGAUACAGUUACCUCUAUGGAUCCAUAUGUCCCGGAUAUUCUGAUUUCAAGAUCAUGUCCUGUAGAGCCUGAGGUGAAAUAACGCAAAGAGUAUCCAGUUUAUCCAGCAACACCCGUACCCAACAGCAGAAUACAGAUCAGCGGGCAUUUGGAAUUUGCACCUGAGGCGUCUCUCAUUUGGUCACUUACCCCAGCAGUAUAUGAUCAGGUUGUCAAUUUUGCUCAGCUCCUUAGUCUACAAAUACUGAACCAACAAGCUGCUGGAUGUUCAGCACCUAGUCUGGCCGAAGUGCUGAUGAGCUCACCCCACUGUGACUGUCUUCAGAUUCCAUGCUUAGGAGUUGCUUUGAGAUGCAAUUCUGACUUCGCACUCCUCUGCUGAAAUUCCAUGGGGCUAAUUGCGGACUUGAAGUGUACCGCCCACAUGGUCAAUGUGGACCUUUGUACCAACCCAGCCUGUCCAUCGCUUCUGAAUAGCAUUCUUCUGGCACAUGGCUUUUUUGGCCUUGAACUAUCUGCAGUUCCUUGAGGUUUCCACAGUCCUGCACUUUUUGCAUCUUCUGUCACUGAAGUGUCUGUGUUCCUUGUUAAUGCCUGUCCACACUUUAUGAACCUGCACACGUGUCUGUCACUGUGAUAAUAUAACCGUCACUUUCUUUUCCAUUAGAAAGCUUCUGGAAAGCUGGGACUGCCCUUCAUUGUAUAGUUUGAGAGACUGAAGCUGUAACAUAUACGCAUAGUAACUCUCCGUGUUUCCCCAACCGUGUGGGGGCGCAGUUAGAGGUCAGAACAAAGCCAUGGAAGCUCGUGCUCCAGGAUCUGGUUCUUCUGGUCCUGAUGUCCGGGGUCACCUCUGCCCUCUACCCUUUUCAUGCCUUGAUUGUUGCAUUCUUGUGUGAGCUAUCCCGAACAUCCUUGUAAUAAAUUCUCAUGUUUGCUUCGGCUGGU